ACCAGUGGUUGGAAUCUGGCGGCGCUUACCCUGAACCUGAGUGUUAGGGGAGAGGGAAUCUGCCGUUGCGGUUUCUGGAGCUGCUCAUAAGCAAGAAUUCCCUAUCCUGAUUGAGGCUUUAAGCCUAAAAGAAAGCAGAAAUAGGUCAAGGGCAGCCCAAGUGCCCAAUUUCUCUCUCUCUUCACAAGGCACCACCAGCAAUAGAGAUGAGAAAUUCUGAAGAACAGCCAAGUGGAGGAGCCACAGUACUGCAGCGUCUUCUACAAGAGCAGCUCCGCUAUGGCAAUCCUAAUGAAAAUCGGAACCUGCUUGCCAUACAUCAGCAAGCCACAGGGAAUGGCCCACCUUUCCCCAGUGGCAGUGGCAACCCAGGCCCUCAGAAUGAUGUGCUGAGUCCCCAAGAUCACCACCAACAACUUGUGGCUCAUGCUGCUCGACAAGAACCCCAGGGGCAGGAAAUCCAGUCAGAAAACAUCAUCAUGGAGAAGCAGCUUUCUCCUCGGAUGCAGAAUAAUGAGGAACUCCCGACCUAUGAAGAAGCCAAGGUUCAGUCCCAGUACUUUCGGGGCCAGCAGCAUGCCAGUGUAGGAGCUGCCUUCUAUGUCACUGGAGUCACUAACCAGAAGAUGAGGACUGAGGGACGCCCUUCAGUUCAGCGACUCAAUCCUGGGAAGAUGCACCAGGAUGAAGGACUCAGAGACCUUAAGCAAGGGCAUGUUCGCUCUUUGAGUGAGCGACUGAUGCAGAUGUCACUGGCCACCAGUGGAGUUAAGGCCCAUCCACCUGUUACCAGCACUCCCCUCUCCCCACCACAACCCAAUGACCUCUACAAGAAUCCCACAAGUUCCAGUGACUUCUACAAGACCCAAGGACCACCUCCCAGUCAGCAUACCAUGAAAGGCAUGGAGCUUCGAGGCCCCCCACCAGAGUAUCCCUUCAAAAGCAUGCCAUCCCAGUCUCUAGUGUACAAGCCCCAAGAGCCAGGGCUCUUCUAUAGUGAGCAUCGUCUGAACCAGCCAGGCAGACCAGAGGGUCAACUGAUGAGAUAUCAGCAUCCCCCUGAAUAUGGAGCAGCCAGGGCGCAAGACAUCUCACUGCCACUGUCAGCCAGGAACUCUCAGCCUCACAGCCCCACUUCUUCCCUCACAUCUGGGGGUUCCUUGCCCUUGCUGCAGUCUCCACCAUCCACGAGAUUAUCUCCUGCCCAACAUCCCUUGGUCCCAAACCCAGGAGACCACGCAGCUCACUUGUCCAGGCCACAGCAGCAUUUCCUUCCUAAUCAGCCUCACCAGAGUGAUCAUUACCGCCUCACCCAGCCUGGACUGAGUCAGCAGCAACAGCAGCAGCAGCAGCAGCACCAUCCCCACCACCAUCCCCAGCAACAGCAACAGCACCAGCCAGGAGAAGCCUAUUCAGCUAUGCCUCGAGCUCAGCAGUCUGCUUCUUAUCAGCCAAUGCCAGCAGACCCUUUUGCCAUUGUUUCCAGAGCACAGCAGAUGGUUGAAAUCCUCUCAGAUGAGAACCGGAACUUGCGGCAGGAGUUGGAAGGAUGCUACGAGAAGGUGGCCAGACUGCAGAAGGUGGAGACUGAAAUCCAGCGUGUCUCAGAGGCAUAUGAGAACCUUGUGAAGUCAUCUUCUAAAAGAGAAGCCCUGGAGAAAGCCAUGAGAAACAAGCUUGAGGGCGAGAUACGGAGGAUGCAUGACUUUAACAGGGAUCUGAGAGAGCGUCUAGAAUCUGCCAACAAGCAGCUUGCAGAGAAGGAAUAUGAGGGGUCAGAAGAUACAAGAAAAACCAUCUCUCAGCUAUUUGCAAAAAAUAAAGAAAGCCAGAGAGAGAAGGAAAAGCUUGAAGCAGAGCUGGCCACUGCUCGUUCGACCAAUGAGGACCAAAGGCGACACAUCGAAAUUCGAGACCAGGCCCUGAGCAAUGCACAGGCCAAGGUGGUGAAACUGGAGGAAGAGCUGAAAAAGAAGCAGGUGUAUGUAGAUAAGGUGGAGAAGAUGCAGCAGGCCCUUGUUCAGCUCCAGACAGCAUGUGAAAAACGUGAGCAGCUAGAGCACCGUCUACGGACAAGACUGGAGAGGGAACUGGAAUCCCUCAGAAUUCAGCAGCGCCAGGGCAACUCUCAGCCCACAAAUGUUUCUGAAUACAACGCCGCUGCCCUGAUGGAGCUCCUUCGUGAGAAGGAGGAGAGGAUCCUAGCCCUAGAAGCUGAUAUGACUAAGUGGGAGCAGAAGUAUUUGGAGGAGAAUGUGAUGAGACACUUUGCUUUGGAUGCUGCUGCAACUGUAGCUGCUCAGCGGGACACAACAAUCAUCAACCACUCUCCUAAUACCAGCUAUGACACAGCCCUGGAAGCUCGUAUCCAGAAGGAAGAGGAAGAAAUCUUGAUGGCUAAUAAGCGUUGCCUUGACAUGGAGGGAAGGAUUAAAACCCUUCAUGCCCAGAUUAUUGAAAAGGAUGCCAUGAUCAAAGUACUCCAACAGCGUUCUCGGAAGGAGCCAAGUAAGACAGAACAGCUAUCAUCUAUGCGUCCAGCAAAGUCUCUGAUGUCCAUCUCUAAUGCUGGAUCAGGGUUGCUCUCCCACUCUUCCACCUUGACUGGCACCCCAAUCAUGGAAGAGAAGCGGGAUGACAAGAGCUGGAAAGGAAGCCUAGGUAUUCUCCUGGGUGGAGACUACCGUACUGAGUCUGCUCCUUCUGUACCCUCACCUGUGCUGCCUUCUACUCCCCUGCUCUCAGCUCACUCUAAGACAGGCAGCCGAGACUGCAGCACUCAAACAGAAAGGGGAACGGAAUCCAGCAAAGCCCCAACUGUUGCUCCAAUCUCUGUUCCUGCUCCAGUUGCCUCUGCUGCCACUGCUGCCACCAUCACUGCUGCCACUGCCAGCAACACCACCACCAUGGUAGCUGCUGCUCCAGUUGCUGCUGCUGCGCCAGCUGCCGCUGCCACCAUUGCCACCCCAUCGCCAGCAACUGCUGCCGCUACUGCUUUUGCUGCUGCCGUGGCUCCAGCUUCUGCUGCUCAGAUUCCAAGCGCUGUCUCUGCUGUUGCUGCUGCUGUAGCUCCUGCUCCUGCUGCUGCUGCUAUCGCUGCUGCUGCUGCUGUUCAGGUUGCUCCAGCUGCUCCGGCUCCAGUUCCAGCUCCGGCUUCAACUCCGGUUCCGGCUCCAGCGACGCCUCAAGCUUCUGCUCCGGCGCCGACUCAGGCACCAACUCCAGCUCCGACUUCGACUGCAACUCCAGCUCCAGCUCCAACUCCAACUUUGGCUCAGGCUGAGGCUCCUGCAAGUCCAGCAAUUGGAUCUGGACCAUGUCGUCUGUCUAUUCCAAGUUUGGCCUGCAAUUCAGACAAAAUAGAUGGCCCUGUUUUCCACUCCAGUACCCUGGAAAGAAAAGCUCCCAUUCAGAUCCUGGGACAAGAACCUGACGCAGAAAUGGUGGAAUAUCUCAUCUGAGGGUCCGAGUCAACAGCUGUGGUUUAUAAGCAAGAAUGCUUUUAAUCAUGUUUCCUUGUUGCUUUUCUUAUUUUGAGGGUGAGGACAAGAGUUGGGGGAUGUUUCAAAGGGACUUGUUGAAACAGUAUCAUACUUAAAUAAUGCCGUACAAACUCCAGUCUCUUCUGGUAUCCUCAGAGAGUACGUCUAAAGACAGGUUAACCAGAACGUGCUCAAAAGUUCAUUGUUGGGAUUUAUAUAAAGACUCGAACUGUUAAUAUCUUGGUAUACACCGAUGUAUUUGAAGUGCUUUCAAUUUGAUUAGCAUUUUCAUGUUUUGGGUCAUUUUUUUCAUCGAAGAGCACAGUAUGUUUGGAAGACAGUUUGUAACAUGUAGUGCAGAGUGGGAAGGUGGAAAGAAUUUGUGCAUGUGCUGUUUUGUAUAGUUACCACUUACACAACAUCCAGAGAGAACUCUCUCCUUAGGCUCAUGAAAGAGAAUCGUUUGGGGAGCUAUGUAAGCUAGAGAAAAGGUAGUGUGUAUAUUGGGAUAUGGAAGCAUACUGGAGUUAAUUUUCCCUCUCAAUUUCCCAUUGUCCUGUGCCAGAGAAUUAUAUAUUUCUUCAUUUCAGUGGUGCUUUGGAAGUGAAUUCUUUUGGUUCCCUCCUGGAGGUUCAAGCAUUCAUAUAUAUUCUUGGGAGAAAUUUAUGCCUUUGGAUGAUUAAUAUAUUAUUCUCAGAUGCUAGGAAAGUAAAUUAGCUGAGUGAUGUACAGCUUCCUCUCUUAAGGAAUUAGGCCAUCAGAAGCCUGAUGGAUUGUAGCAUGAGGUGCUGUGUGCAGACUUUUGUGGUUGGUGUAUAGCCAGUUACACAGUGUGCUUGCCUUUCCUAAGACCGAUCUGCUUUGUGUUUCUUCUGCACAAAUUUUACUGACUGUGUCACCAGUCUCAAAAUGCCAGUCAUUUACCGAAUGAGGUGGCAUUUUUGUUUUCAGGUAGAGUGCUUCAAAUUUCUGGUGACUACUCGGAAAUAACUCAGUUUGUUUUCCCAUAUUGUUAUCAUACAUCUCAAGUGGCAUCUUUGAUUGUUCACCUCCGAGGGAAUAAAUAGCAUCAGA